AUGUCCAACAUCAAACUCAUUUGGGGCGGAGCCAGCAUCAGUGACAAGACCUCGUUCCCUAGCCCUGAGGCUAUCAACGAAUUCUUUGAUGUCUUGCAAGCCAAAGGUGUUAACACCAUCGAUACAGCCAGAAUAUACACAGGCUCAGAGGAGCGGCUAGGCACUGUUCAUGCUGAGUCUCGUUUCGCUAUCGACUCCAAGUACCCUGGCGCAUUUUCGCCGGUAGCGUCCACCCCAGAGUCUCUUGUAUCCAACCUGAAAGAAACACUGGAACUUCUUCAGACAAAACAGCUCGAUAUCUACUAUAUCCAUGCUCCGGAUCGCAGAAGCUCCCUUGAAGAUCUACUAGCUGCUCUCAACGCCGAGUACCAAACCGGCAAAUUCAAGCGCUUUGGACUCUCAAAUUUCCUAGCCGAAGAGGUGGAGGAAGUCAUUCGCAUUAGCCGCGACAAUAACUACAUCCUACCCACCGUCUAUCAAGGCAACUACUCCGCCAUCGCCCGCCGAGGAGAAGACGAGAUCUUCCCAACCUUGCGCAAGCACAAUAUCGCAUUCUAUGCCUACUCGCCUAUCGGAGGAGGCUUCCUCACCAAGGAUGUCGACCAAUUGGUCGCCGGAGGGAAAGGUCGAUGGGACGCGAAUACACCGAUCGGCGGGCUAUAUAACCAGCUCUAUAACAAGCCACGCAUGCUGGAGGGCCUGAAGCUGUGGGCGGAUAUUGCAAAGAAGGCUGGGAUUCCUAAGGCCGAACUUGCAUAUCGGUGGGCGGCUCACAAUUCUGCUUUGAAGUCUGAGUUUGGGGAUGGGUUGAUUUUCGGCUCGCGUAACCUUGAGCAGCUUAAGCAGACGCUUGAUGGUCUUGAAAAGGGACCUUUGAGUGCGGAGAUUGCGGCGCAGAUCGAUGAGGUGUGGAAGCAUGUGGAAGCUGAUGCACCCUUGGACAACUUGAAUUCUUCUACCAAGUUGUGA